UUAGGUUGGGUAACCCUAAACGCCAAACUCAAGUGAUUCAGCUACUUAACCGGAGGGAGGGGAAGAAGAAAGCAAUAGCUUUUAGUUCAUCAGUCUGCUUACCCACCUUAGCAGCUUUAAGAAAACCUGUGUUUGUCCCAUGUUUGGACCACACAGAGUUGUCUUGAAGGCAGGAAGGUCAAGGGUUUAUGAGGAACAUUUUGAAAAGAGGUGCUUGAACUUUUGAGGAUAGCUACUUUUUUGAAGCAUGAUGAAACUGUGAAUUUGUACAAUGGAACAAUGUGGUAGCUGUAUCUGUUGAAUUUACUGUUGUACUCUGUAACAGUCACUAGAAAAAAGGAUUAAAGAAAAUAUUAGAAGAAGCACUAUAGUACAAGACGUGGUGGAGCGAGGAAAAUGGAAUGCAAUAAAGAUGAGGCUGCCAAGGCAAAAGAGAUUGCUGAGAAGAGAUUUUUAGCAAAUGACCUUGCAGGAGCAAAGAGAUUUGCUUUGAAGGCCCAAAAUUUGUAUCCUGGGCUUGAGGGUCUUCCGCAGAUGGUAGCAACAUUUGAUGUGUAUAUUUCAGCUGAGAACAAAAUAAAUGGUGAAGAAGAUUGGUAUGGGAUCCUUGGUGUGAAUCCAAAAGCUGAUGAUGAGAAUGUUCGGAAACAGUAUAGGAAACUUGCUCUAUUGCUUCACCCUGACAAAAACAAGUCUAUAGGAGCUGAUGGUGCGUUUAAGCUUAUUUCUCAGGCCUGGAGUUUAUUGUCUGACAAGUCUAAGAGAGUGGCACAUGACAUGAAGAGGAGAAAUGCUAAAGUGUUUCAAAAGGCUUCCAACCCCGCUGGGGGUUCAUCAGCAACACCUGGGUCUGGUGGUUUUUGCAAUUUCGCCAAACCAAGUGUGAAGGCACCCAAGAAUACUCCUCGCACCGGUCAUUCUUCAACUCCAGUUGCAUCUCAUAAGUCGAUUCCUAAUUCCUUUUGGACAGUGUGUCAUAGAUGCAAGAUGCAAUAUGAGUAUCUCAGAAUUUAUCUUAAUCAUAAUCUCUUAUGUCCUAAUUGUCGUGAGCCAUUUUUAGCUGUUGAAACAACUCCUCCAACUUCAAUUGGUUCUAAAUCUUCCACCAUAUGGAAUUUUUCUCGCCAGCGGCAAAGCUCAAAUCAUCAAGCUGCCAGUAAAAACACAUCAAAUUCUGCAAGCAACAAUGUGGCCCCUCCAAAUGCAGGACCUGGCAGACCAGACUCGUAUAGUCAGACCAACUUCCCGUGGGGUCCAUUCUUUAGAGCUGGUGGUGCCUCAUCUGUUGCUGCUAGUGUGGUUCAGCAGGCAUAUGAAAAAGUGAAGAGAGAGCAGGAAGAAGCUCAGGCAGCCACAAAAAGAGAGGAGACCCUUAAGCGAAAGAAUCAAACCUCCGAAAAGACAGGUGAUGUAUCCUCUGGUGGAUGCUCCAAUUCUGCUAAGAGAAGACGAAGCAUUGAAGAUGCUGGUCUAAGCAACUAUGGAAGCAAUGUUGCAGAUCAAAUGGGUGCAGGAGGAGAAGUUUCUGAUUUAUCUGGAUCUAAGAAGGGUAGUUUUGAAAGAGAGAGGGUCAAUGGAAUUACUCAGCCCUGUGGCACAAGAUAUGUCUUCCAGUUUGGGAAUGAAACACUACUUAUGGAGAAGGCUAGGGCAGAAAUUUGUCAGAAACUAAAUGAAUGGAACUCAGCUACAGUAACUAAAUCUACCAUUAAAAAUGAGAAGAUUAAUGUGAAAGAAAAUGACGGAGGAGAAAAAUCUCAGUCAAAGCCCGAAAUGUGCGGUCAAAAUAAGUCUGCUGAGCCACUGUGUACAGAUAAUGUAAUGCGUGGCAUCAAGUGUUCUUCUGGAUGUUCUGGUGCAAAAGCAGAUAUAGAAACUCUGGCAACAAUGUCAAUAGAUGUCCCAGAUCCCGAUUUUUAUAAUUUUGACAAGGAUCGAACUGAAAAUUGCUUUGGAGAAAGCCAGGUAUGGGCUGCAUAUGAUGUUGAUGAUGGGAUGCCCCGAUACUAUGCAAUGGUCCACAAAAUAAUCUCAUUGAAUCCGUUCGAAAUGAAGAUCAGUUGGCUUAAUUCAAAGAUUAACAAUGAACUGGGCCCACUAAACUGGGUUAAUGCUGGCUUCUCAAAAACGUGUGGUGAAUUCAGAGUAGGUAGAUAUGAGGUUUACAACUCACUUAAUUCCUUUUCACACAGGGUCAAGUGGACAAAAGGCAAUUGGGGGGUAAUUUGCAUAUACCCUCAGAAGGGAGAUGUUUGGGCUCUCUAUCGGAAUUGGUCUCCUGAAUGGAAUGAAAUCACAGAAGAUAAGGUGGUGCACAAGUAUGACAUGGUGGAAGUACUAGAAGAUUACAGUGAAGAACUUGGAGUAACGGUUGCUCCACUAGUUAAGGUUGUGGGUUUCAAGACAGUGUUCCACCAGCAUUUGGACCCUGGAGAAAUCAGGUGUAUUCCAAAGAAAGAGAUGUUUCGAUUUUCUCAUCUCAUUCCCUCAUACUUGCUUACAGGUCAAGAAGGUCCUAAUGCUCCUAAAGGUUGUCUGGAGUUGGACCCAGCAGCUACUCCUUUGGAACUUCAUCAAGUAAUAGUAGAUGCUAAGGAUGUAGAGAUUUUAGACAAUGGGGAAACAUCAAAGAAAGAGAAAAGAUAGUGAAUGAUGGAAAUGAAAACCUGUAUAUAGACAAUCCACCACUAAAUAUGAGUGGAACAUGCAGCUGAAAGAUAGAUGAAUGAGUUUAGGUUAAUUUAUUUGAUGUGGAUAGAUGUAUUGAUGUCAUGUAAAUUAACAGAAACUUAAUCACCUGAUUGGAGUGGAAAAUGAGCUGCAAUUUUGUUUCUAGUCAUGUGGGCUGGACAUCAUAUUAACCAUGGUAAUUUCUUGUUUCUGGAUCCA